GAGAGAGAAGGUGAUGUCAGCUGAGUUCAGAAAGUAAACAGAGUUCCAGACUGCAGCAUGCUGUCUGCGGGACGGGGACUGCAGCUGGGUCAAACCCACAGGGGCACCCAAACAAUCCCCUGGACCAGCACCUUUAUCACUGGGAAGGAGGGCUGGUUCCUCUUCAUCUUCCUCUUCAUCCUUAUCUCCUCACCCCAAGGGAGAGCCUGGCCCUACGAUUACAGGUAUUUGUACAACCACUGCCCUGGCCCUGAGUGGAACGUUAUGUGCAGAGCCUGCUGCGAGUACGACGUGAUUCGCUGUAAAUGCCCUCUGCAGGGGACUCCGGUGGGCUAUGCUGUACCCUGCUGCCGCAACGCCAUCAAUGAGUGCGACCCCUGCAUCAUCCAUCCAGGUUGCAGUAUAUUUGAAAACUGUAAGCGCUGUAACAACGGGACAUGGGGGCCCCGGGAUGACUUCUUCAUUAACGGGAAAUACUGCGCUGAGUGUCGCCCCGGCUGGUCCGGUGGGGACUGCAUGAAGUGUGGUGGAGUGAUCCAUAAACGACAGGGCCAUAUAGUGCUGGAGAGCUACCCCAACAACGCUCGCUGUGAGUGGACAAUACAGGUGGAUCCUCCCUUUACCAUAGAACUCAGGUUUAUGAUGCUGAGCCUGGAGCUUCACCAUUCUUGUCGCUAUGACUACGUGGAGGUCCGAGACGGUGACAGCAUCAACUCAGGUGUUAUCGGUCGAUUCUGUGGGAACAACAGACCCGACCCGAUUCAGAGCUCUGGAAACAGUCUGCACAUCCUCUUCGUGUCUGAUGGCUACAAGAACUUUGAUGGCUUCUUUGCCACUUUCCAGGAGAACUCAGCUUGCAGCUCCUCACCGUGCCUGCACGAUGGGACUUGCAUCCUGGACAGUUCUUACACAUACCACUGUGCCUGUCUGGCCGGCUACACGGGCAAGAGAUGCGAAAACGUGGUGGGCUGCCAAAGGCCUCCAGUCCCCACCCAUGGAUCAACAGAGGGUUUGUUUCAUCACUCGGGGGCACACGUCACUUUCCGCUGCGACCCUGGCUUUGAGCUGCGGGGGGUUGGCACUGCCAUCUGCCUGAGUGACGGCUCCUGGAGUGCACCUGCCCCCAAGUGUGUGCCACUAGAGAGAGUCUGCUCUUUACCACCUAAGCCAACACAUGGGGACCACUUCCUGGUUUAUGGACCCAAUGAUGUCAUUAUUGCUCUGCAGUACCUGUGCUACAAUCCCUAUGAGCUCAGUGGAAACUCCCAGAGAACCUGCCUCCCCAACAACACCUGGGGUGGGCCUCCUCCCGUCUGCACCCAAGUGAAUAAUACUCUAUCUGAAGCAGAAAAGGACAAAUACAAUACGAAGGACACAGAAACGGAUAUCUACAUUGACAAAGACAUCAGCAAACAUACAGAGAAAGGUCAGGAGAAAACAACUGGAGAAAAAGAAAGCGUACAAGGGAGAGAUAAAAACACCGGGCAUGAGAAUACCACAGCAGUCAGUGGGGAAGAUAAAUAUACUGGUACCAUUCCAGAGAAAACUGUGGCUGAGGAUAAGACUAAAGAGGAGCCAGGGGAAAGAAAUAGUGGGUCAGAAAAACCCACAGGAGGAAGUAAAGAUAAAGAGGAUAGCAAAGGCUCAGACAGCAGCUUGAACACAGUUGAAAAGACAGAACCUGAGGUAGGAAAGCCGCCUGAGGAAAAGGAAGAUGCAGACUUGGAUUCAGGAAAGACAGACAUCACAGAAAUAAUUGUGAUAAAAGACAAAGGACAAGAGGAAAAGGAGAGAAAAGAGGAGCAGGUGAAUGGAAAAAGAGAUCAGGACAAAGUGGGGCCUAACGAUACCAAGCUGAGGACGGUCAUAUCUGAGGGUGAAAACACAGUGGAGAUAUUUGAAGUGGAAAUGACAAAAAACAACACAAUUCUACAUGGUACAAAGGAUCCAACGACAGACAAUAAUACCAUCGUUUCUCUGGGAAGGAAAGUCAUUCCACCUCGGGUAAACAUUACUCAGUACACCUUGUACAGAGGAGGAGGUGAGGAGAGUGGAAGAGCAAAGGAAAAACCAAUAGUUAAAGAAGAAAAGAAAGAACAAGAGAAGUCUAAAGAGAAGGAAAAAGAAAUCAACCAAAGCUUCGACGAGAAAAGCUGCCCUCCUCUCCCUCGCCUCUACCAUGGCUACCAGCAGCCUGUUCCGGGGGUUAAACCUGAUACUGUGGCGUUCUUCUGUAAUCAUUCCUACGCCCUCAGUGGUGACGCCAGGCGUACCUGCCAGCCUGAUGGAACCUGGAGUGGAAAACAACCCCUCUGUGUCAGAGCAUGCAGGGAGCCUAAAGUUUCAGAGCUGGUAAGACAGAAAGUUCUGCCCCCUCAGACACCAUCCAGAAAGACACCUUUGCACAAACUUUACUCCACUAUGCAGGGCCGGCAGCUUCAGUCUGACGACCCUUCCAAAGCCCCCCCUCCGCUUUCUCAGCUGCCUCAGGGAUUCCAUCCCCUCUACACACAUAUAGAGUACGAGUGCGCUUCUCAGUUCUACCAACACUCUGGCAGCUCACGCCGCACUUGCCUGAAGACUGGGAAAUGGAGCGGGCGUCAUGUUUCCUGUUCACCAGUGUGUGGGAAGCAUCCAACCUUUGACCCAGAGAGGCCUGCAGAGGCUCACUGGCCUUGGCUGGCAGCCAUCUACCGCCGCUCCUCCAACAGAGCAGCCGAGACAAAGGUGAGCAAGGCUGACAGCCAGGCAGGGUCCCUGAAGAAGAACGUCGGAGCAGGAAAUGGCAACCACAACGAGGCCUCUGACUGGCAGCUGGUGUGCAGCGGGGCUAUGGUGAACCAACGCAGCGUGGUGGUAGCAGCCCACUGUGUGACGGAGCUGGGGAAGGUGUACCCUCUAGAUGUGGCCAAGAUCAAGGUGGUGGUGGGAAAGCACUUCAGAGAUGACCACAGGGAGAGUAAAGGCCUUCAACACCUGAGGGUGGCCUCCAUUGUUGUUCACACAAACUACGACCCCCAUAUCCUGGACUCUGACAUUGCUGUCGUUAAAUUACUGGACAAAGCAAGGAUUGGAGACAAGGUUUUACCCCUUUGCCUCUCAGACAGCCAAGGAGAAGAGGCCAUCUCUGGACAGGGGCUCGUAACAGGCUGGUCUCCACUUCCCGACUCAAAUUUGGGUCCUGAUGAGAAGGCGAGGGUGGGGCUAGUUCGCCUUGCUGAUGUAGUUCCCUGUGAGCAGCAGUACGCUCGCAACGGCGUGCCAGUCAGCGUCACAGACAAUAUGCUUUGUGGCAGCCAUAAGCCUGACUAUGGGCACUCUAACAUAUGUCCCUCUGACACUGGUGGGAUCCUCGUCCUCCCUGCCCUCUCUGACAACCAAGCCAGCCACGACCGAAAGCCCUCUGUUGGCUUAACACCGGCUGAGAAGGAGAGCAAAGGGCUGUGGAGACUUCUGGGACUGGUGAGCUUUGGUUAUGACCAGGGGGAGUGUGAUCCAGACCUCUACACAGUCUACACACAUGUAGCAAAUUUUAAAGACUGGAUUGAGAACAAUCUGAAGUAAAAAAUCCUACUAGCUGACUCUCCCUCUUCCCCUUUCCUUCUUAAAAUGCCUUCAUAUCUUACAUUUCUCUCUUGUAUGUUUGUCUGUUUUUCAGCCUCUUUAAUCUUUUUUUUUACCUGGUGUUUUGCACAAGGGCAUUUUCUUACACCAUGCAACAGCACUGGAAACACUGGACAAAACAGUGCUCUAACUGAAGGGGGUGCUAACACACCGGCAUCAGACCUCAGCGCUCAGGUCUCUAAACCUGAGGUUACAGACUUGACCAGAAAACCCUCUCAAGCCUCUCGCUGAUGACGGUUUUUAUUGUACCCAUUGGUAUGUAUAUAUGCUGUAAUGUACUGAAUUAUUUAAUCAAUUCAUACGACUGAAGAGAUGUAAAUAUUGUAUUGAAAGACAGAAAAAUCACGAGGUUUUUUUAAUUAAAGAAAAUGUGGCUGUGGUAUAGCUGGUUAGAGUGUGGUUAUUUUUAAUCGUAGUGUAAGGUUUAGAAUGUAUGAGUACCCUUUAAAAAAUAUUCCACCUACUUCACAUGGAUUCAAUAAUGGCAUUACAAUGAUGUGAAAUAAACACUAUAUAUUUGCUCUUUAAAGAACACAAUGGGUGUGUGCAGUGAAGCAAAUGAAUCCAGGUCAGAUUGGCACCAAUUUUCACAACCGUAAACUGAGCACGUUACUCACAGAUCAAUUCCUUCUUCUGCGCGCAAAUUAAAUCAAUUACUUCCAAUCUGACCCUUCUCCAUUAUUCAGAAGUGAGAGAACACAGAAAGAAGAUCUGCAGAUCUGCUUCCAAAGGGGGCAAUGAAGAAUACAUUUUAACUCCACGGGUUGGCACAAAGAUGAGAGAGCUGGGUGCUGGUUGUUCAGUUGUCCUUAAUUUGGAGAUUUCUAAAUUAUAAUUUUACAAGUUGAAAAUUGUUUUAAAAUCAAGUAAACCAAGGUUACAACAGGUUUGGUGCCACAAACUUCAACAGAGACCAAAAAAAGCCUUGGAAGUGCUUUCAGUAUUAUCAGUCAUAUCCUGGUUCUCAUUAGGGGUUUUCAGACCAAACGGUUCAGGGGUGUUUUUGAAGAGGGAGUUCCCUGAGAACUACAGGUACACAUCAUGGGGACUCUUUAUGUCUGCAUUCACAGUGGCAUGGUGCUGUGACAGAACCUACUCUGAUGCAGGAGCUAAAUAGGUUCCUCUAAACAGGGUUCUAGGAACUAAAAUAGUUCAUAGUUCCUGCGGAGGGGAACCAAUAAAAAAGAGGCCUUUAAGACACUUUAAGUCAAUCCUGUGAUCUGAAAACACUGUCACUUAUUUUUAAUCGUACAAUGAGUUUGUAAAUGUUUUACAAAAUGGUUCUUGGUUCAACUGGUGGAAGCCAGGUUUCAUCUUUAAUGGCUAGAACAUGAGGCUGAUGAGAGUGGGGAAUAAAAGUAUUUCAUAAAUGUUAUGUAAAUGAAAUGAGAUGGAUUGAUUAUAUCUGUUUGUGCAGUUUAACUCACUGAUAGUAGUAGUGGGAACAGGGUGAUGUGAUUAGGGCUCCUCCCAUUUGUCAGAAGCUAGCAGCUCUGUACAGGCUGAUGGCAAAGAUAAAUGUCAUUCAUGCAAUAAAAUGUUUUGAUUCUGAAUGAA